AUGACGCAAACGAAACCUGGAGAUCCCAACGCCGCACCUCAGACACUGGGAAAGGUCUUCGGCGUCCCGCUCCGAGAGAGCCUCAAGUACGCCAGUGUGCAAAUCAGCACAGUGGACCAGAAUGGAGAGCUUUACGUAUGGGGCUACGUCCCUGUUGUCGUGGCCAAAUGCGGCCUCUACCUGAAAGAAAACGCAACCGAAGUCCCCGGCACAUUCCGCGUCUCUGGCUCUGCAAAGCGUAUGCGUGAUCUCCAGUCGACAUUCGAAAAACCUCCCAAGUACGGCAAGAGCCUCGAUUGGAAAAAGGAGAAUUAUACCACGCAUGACGUUGCUAGCGUCUUUAGGCGGUACUUAACCCAGAUGCCAGAGCCUGUGAUUCCUCAUCAACUGUAUCAUCAAUUCAGGGAUACGAUGGCGAAGAAACCGUUCGAUAGAGAUCAGGCAAUCAAGACCUACCAGAGGCUAAUACGCAGCAUGCCCCGCGCAAAUCAGUACUUGCUGCUGUAUGUGCUCGACUUGCUCAGCGUCUUUGCGCGGAAGAGCGAUGUGAACCUUAUGCCUGCGUCGAACUUGGCUCUUAUCUUCCGGCCGGGACUUAUCUCACACCCUUCGCACGAGCUCACCCCAGAAGAACACCAGCUCUCCCUGAAAGUCCUCGAGUUCCUCAUCGCACAACAAGACUACUUUAUGAUGGACCUGUCUCCCCCUCCCAUCCCUCCUACGCCUUCGGCCGAGUCCCCACAACCGCCGUUUCCGACCGCCCCACCUCUCACACCCGCAUCGCUCCCUUCGACCGGGUCGCAGACAGGUCAAGUCUCAGACGAGUCAAGCGACAUCUACAUGGUCCCUUCUUCUUCCGACUCAGACCCACCAUCCGGAGGUUGGAAAUUGAUAAACAGAAGGGGAAAGGAGGUGCAUAGGAGGCGGACGACAGACGCUAGGAGUGGGACUGGGAAACGUGCUGCAGGGACAGGCGCUGGCGCGGGAAAGGGAAAGGGAAAGGAGAGGCUUGAGGUGGUGACGGACGAGCCUGAGGCUUCUGGAGCUGCAGCGUCGGGAGGGGCCACGGGGGUGAAGAGAUCUCGCACACUACCGUCGAGGAAGGAAGAGCCAGCGCCUGUUGUGGAGCGAUCCCAGAGGAGAGACAGAGGAGCAGAGAGGGAAAGAGAGAGGGAGCAUAAGAACGUUCUCAGUAAACGGCAGAAACGGCUUUCCCAGCAACCGAGUGCUACCACUCGAGUAGACUUGGGAAGGAGGGCAGUCGAGGCGCCAACAUAGCCCUCCUUAACUUCUCUUCCUGUUAAGCUUUCACAGCUUUUCGGCGAGCUUUCCCCUUUGUUGUUGUUGAUAGUUGGAUGGUGAUAGUACCGCUGUGUGAUAGUCGACAUGCUCAUGAUCUCUUAUUUCCUCCCUGUUGUUUUCUUCGAACUGUUUCUUCUGAUCCUCUAUAUUCCCCUCUAUAUUUCUGUUUGUGGAUCGGGCAAGAUUAGGAUAUGUAAUCACCCUACCGAUAUGUACUGCUAUCAUCUUCUACCUCUGCACUUUUCUGUGUCUGUCCUAUUCCGUCCACACACGGGUCAUGUCGUUGAUCAUGAACAAUAAAUGUU